AUGCUCUCCAAGCUCUUCUCCACGGCGGUAAAACUCGCCCUGCCGUCAACGCAAGCAUCAGCGUCAGCGUCGUCGUAUCCAUACCGACCCUUGAGCCAAGAUGACGAUGACGAGAACCCAAACGAUGACGAGAGGCCGGAUGAGCCCUCCCAAGUAUCUGAUGCGCAGUCCAAGGUUCAUCGAGAUGCGGCGGCCAUGAUGCUCAUCAAACUUGGCCGUUCACCAGACGAACUCAUCACCGUUUCUCCGGCCGACGAUGCCCGUAUCCUUCGUCGCAUCGACCUCGCCCUUCUUCCGCUCAUGCUAUCCGUGUACUUUCUACAGGCCCUCGACAAGGCUACACUGUCAUAUGCGUCCAUUUUCGGCCUCAUCGACGACACGGAUUUGGUGGGCGACGAGUUCUCGUGGCUGGGUAGCAUUGUUUACUUGGCGCAGCUCAUCAUGCAGCUGCCCUUGGCAUGGGCCUUGGUCAAGCUACCGAUCGGAAAAUUUACAAGUACCAUGGUUCUUGCAUGGGGAAUCACCUUGACCGGAAUGACAUGGGCGCAUACCUUUGGACAACUCAUGGCCGCUCGUUUCUUUUUGGGUGCUUUUGAAGCUUGUGUUGGGCCAGCCUUUGUUGCUAUAACCCAGAUGUGGUGGAGGCGAAGAGAGCAAACAAUGAGAAUUGGGUCUUGGUAUUGCAUGAACGGUUUGACCUGGGUGUUUGGAAGUCUCAUCACUUAUGGACUCGCCAGUAUAGAGUCCAGCAUGAAGCCUUAUCAGAUCAUUUUUCUUUUCUUUGGUGCCGUCACAGUUGCGGUAUCUGGCGCCAUGUUCUUUUGGAUGCCAGAUUCUCCUACUGAAGCAAAGUUUCUCAGCGAUGAAGACAAAAUCCUUGCUAUAGAGCGACUUCGAAACAACCAGAUGGGGGUCAUGUCGCGAGAAUGGAGAAUCGCUCACUUCUUCGAGACCUUGCGAGAUCCCAAAACUUGGCUGUGGGUAAUCAUGAUAUUUUGCAUCUCGGUACCUUCAAAUGGUAUAUCAACGUUUGGACCUCUCAUUAUCAAGUCGUUUGUGACGGACCCCUACAGAACGAUAUUGUUCAACGUUCCAUGGAAGCUCAAGGGGCCAGUUAUUGCUCUCCUGUGUAUCCCUCCGAUCAUCGGAUUUUCGAUUUUGCUGCACUAUCCACACGAUAUUGAGCAUAGAGGAAUUUUGCUUGCUGGAUAUUUUUGUCUUUCCACAUUCACAGGCAUCACACCGCUCCUCUACUCAUGGUCUGCACAGAAUACAGCUGGAGAUACCAAACGUAAAUGUACUUCGGCACUGGUGUUUAUUGGUUCGUCUGCUGGAAAUAUCGUCGGGCCCUUGCUUUUCACACCCGAUGAAGCUCCGUCGUAUUCAAGAGGCUUACGAGCAAACAUUGUGUUCUUCGCCAUGGUUGUUUUAUUCGUUGGCAUUACGUCUCUCUACCUGAAAUUUCUCAAUUCCGAUCAUGCUAAGCGAAGAGUGGCUUUAGGAAAGAGUGCAGUUAUUCUAGACAUGAGUUUGGAGACGGCAGAAGAGGUAGAGCGCAUGGAGGCGUUGGAGCAAGCGAUGCGAGAAGGAACUCAAAGACUUUCUGAAGAAAACGGAGAUACCCGCCUAGGAGGCGAUGAAGAGAACGGAGUGCAGCCGGAUGAUGUUAAAGGACGAAAGGCUUUUGCGGACAUUACUGACCUCGAGAAUGAGGACUUUGUCUUUGUGUUUUAA